UUUUUUUACAUUGAUUGCUUUUACACCCAUAAAGGCUGUAAAAGCAAUCAUUUCUCCUUCUCUCUGGCUGCAUUCUUGCAGCCAUUGAGAAAUACUGUGAGAGCUGUGAUUGGUCACAGCUUGUCACAUGGUACAAGGCUGUUGUGAAUAGCCUUGUACCAUGUGACCUCUGUGAUCAUUCAUAGAUUUCACAAGUAGUAAGCAAUGAUAUGAGAAGUGACAUCUUGCUUACUACUAUUCAUGUGAUCACUGAUUGGUCAAUCAGUGAUCACAUGAUCGGGACCUCACACAGAGGUCUCGUACAGCAAUCGGUGUUC